AUCAAAGAAAAAUUAAGAGCCCUGGCACCUAAACAAAAAGGGUUUGGAAAUGACCCAGAAUCUAAGCAAUUCCCGAUCUACGAUAACGCGAGAGAGCUCUUCUACAGCGACACAAGAAGCAUCUCCUUCGUUUCCACGUCUCUGACGUUCCUUGCGUUCUUCGUUCCAUCUCCUUCGCCCGACCAAGCUUCUCGACGACGCAGCUCCGGCGGUUUUCAUAGCUCCAGCGAUUCUCACACCUCCGACGCUUUCGGUGUUCCAUCUUCUUUCCCAGAUAAAGCUUCUAUGCGACACAGAUCUGGCGGUUUUCAUAGCUCCAUCAUUUUUCACAAUUUUGGCGUUCAAUCUCCUUCGCUCAAGUCUCUUUUUCCAACAGGUUCCGAACCUCAAAAACAAAUUGCAUUAGAUGGCCCAGUUAUCUGUGGAAAGUGUAUUGCUCUUACAGAGCUUAUUCACUGGGCACAUGAAGAAAUAUGAUAUCUCAUCAUAUACGGAGUAUGUCCCAAGAGCCGAGAAUGGAUUCAUGGAGGAUUUUUCUAUUCGUCUUACAAGUGCUUUAUGGGAUACUCUUGCUCAGGCAACAAAUAUUCUCUAGGUAAGGGUGCAAAUCCUCUGAAGAAGUUAAUACACAGUAUUAAUAAUGUUACUAACGGUGUUUAUUUGUGUUCCACCGUGAAUCAGAUUUCUUGUUUUCAAUCCGAGGCAAUUCCUUAGGGCUGCUACACUUCAAUGGGAUCUCUUGUUGAUUUUCCUAAAAUAUGUUUGUAAAUUGUUAAUGUUUGUUUUGUAUAUGAUGUGUUUGUAAGUGUCAUAAAGAGAUUUUCAAUCCAAAGAAUUAUUUACUAUGGUUGCUAAUAUUUUGAAAUAUUUGUUUUACAGAUUAGGAAACCAUUCAUAUGAAGAGGGAAGAAUAACACCUGAUCAUGGAUGAUCUUGCUUUACGAAACCGGAUGAGAAAUUGACAUGGAUGCCUCAAAUGAUCAGCAGAUUGUUAGGAUUUAGAAUUUUGUACGGAGUAUGAUAUAUGUAUCCUUCUAGAGUUCUAGUUAAUAUGAAGUGUUAGACUUGAUAGAUUGUUUUGUGCAAUGUACUAAAAAUCUAUAAAAUGAGAUAUUUAUAAAUGAUAUGUAUUAUUUUUUUAUUAGUAUUCUUAAAUCGUGUGCACGUUAUUAAAGUUAUACCGUUAUACUUAUACGACAGUAUAACAUAAUAAAUCUAACAUUUGUUACAUUUUCGUAUAAAG